AUUUCUUUCGUGCAUUUAAUGACUUACGCAGGCAUUACCGUUACCAAUUUUGUUAAGUUGACGGAGAAAGCGUCCAUAUUGGUGGCAACAGUCCAAUCAGGGUGAAAUACUCAUUUUGGUUAUGAAUUGUCCAAUUUCGUCAAAAUUUUCUAUUUUGGUCAUUUAAGUCAUUUUUGGUGGCCAGUUAACAGGGACCAAUCAUUUUGUCCGACCCUGAACAAUUUUGCAGUACAGCGAAGGGUACUUCAAGCGGCUCCGUGUGUUGGUGUUUGCGUUGUUGUCCCAGUCGCAGGCAAAGCGUUGGGGUAAUAUAAAAGUAGCACCGUGUAUGAGCACAAAGACGGUGUGAGGUUAACCGUGUACAUUCUCAGUUUUUUGUCUUACAUAUUAUUGUAAGAAGAUCCGGUGUCAUAUUGGAGGGGAUUUAGGAUCUAAGAAGCACCUGAUGCGCGCAAUUGCAAGCGGCCUGAGGACCAGCGCAGCUAGAAAUUGAGAAGCCACAGGAGAAACUGGUGUGUGUGUUAGUUUGAGUUGAACGUAUUGGACUGAUCCAUUUCUGUAGCUCCAAAAUGUCCGCAUUGAAUAGUCUGAGUGCGCAAUAUACUGAUUCUGAAGGAGAAGAUGAUUCACAUGAUCGACCAACACGUGUUUCACGUGAAGAACCAAAAGAGGAAGAGGUUCAGCAAAUUGAAGAAAACAGCAACUCAAACUUUGACCGUCCGGCCCGGCUGGUCUCCUACGUCGGAGACCCGGAAGAUGACCUGGACCUGGACGACGAGCUGGAGGCGGGCAGCGACGACAUGGACAUCUCGCGCUCGGACGACGAGGGCGGCGAGCAGGAGGGCGAGCGAGACGGGGCUGCCGGUGCCGCCGCCGCCAGCGAAGACCUCAUCCCCUCUGAGCCAGCUGGCAGGUGCUCCAAAGACCUGCAGGAGAUGGUGGCCAAGCUGUGCCAGGAGCGCGAGCGGACCGGAGCCGACAUGAACGACCGGCUGCGCUCCCACAAGGACUUCCGCAACCCCUCCAUCUACGAGAAGCUCAUCACCUUCUGCGACAUCGACGAGUUCGGCACCAACUACCCGCCGGAGCUGUACGACCCGUCGAUCUGGGGCAAGCAGUCGUACUACGACGACCUGGCCAGAGUACAAAAGGAGGACAUGGAGAGACGGGAGAAGGAGAGGAAGGAGCGCACCAAGGUGGAGGUGGUGACGGGCACCAAGAAGCUAGACGGCGAGCCCAAGCGGCGCAGCAAGUGGGACCAGGUGGGCGCCCCGCACGGCUCCAGCGUGCCCAUCAUCAAGCCGGCCGGUCUGGCCACCGGCCUGCCUCCGCCGGCCAAGACCAUCCCCGCCUUCGGUAGCAUAGCCAAGAAGAAGUAGUCGAGGGCGUGACUCGGCCGUCUUCGGGUGGGUCCUAGGCGGUAAUGGACACCUGGUUUAUAAGUGGCGGGGGCUCGGACCGCCGGGUGAAGUGGGCCGCCGCCUGUGAGUGGGAUGGACGGCGGUGCCUCGGCCUGCCCGCGGCCCUGUUUUGCGUGGGACCCUUCAAACAUGCAGCAGGCAGAGACAGGCGAAUCCUGCGAGACGUGCGGACACUGGAGGACCGCGCAGCCGUUGACUGGGUGGCGUUGC